GAUGGGAAAAGUGAUUCAAUUUUGAGCAGUAGAUAUACAUAGAUGUUAUUAGAUGUUUUAGUAUACGAUCAUUGAAACGAUUUUUGAAGGCUGUUAUUAAAUGGCUGUCUCGAUCAUUUUCCUUGAGAAUGUUAAAUGAUACACUCUAUCUCAUCUACUCUCAUCAGUGAAAUGAUAUAUCGACGCUGACCAUGUGAUCACAUGACAUCCCAUAAUUUCUUUCUUGCGCAGCUACUUAUAUAUCAAAGAAUCGGAUAGCAUAUGCGCGACACGUGUCAUUAUAUGGCGAUCUUUCGAUCGAGAAAUAAGUUCCAUCAUGCUAGCGAACUUUUUGCGAGAAUAUAAUAUCAACCGACUAUUCUUGUCAAUCACAGGUCUUUGGCCAUUCCAAAAUAAGCUCGCGAGAAAUUCAUUGCAGACUUUCUGCUUUCUAGUCGAAAUAAGUUACUGUCCGUUCGAGAUAUUAUUAAUAUACGAUCAUUGGAACGAUAUGCAAACAAUUUUUGAAGGCUGUUAUCAAAUGGCCGUCUCGGGCACUUUCCUUGUGAGAAUGGCAAAUGAGUUCUUUAACCAUGACAAGUUGCGACGAUUAUAUGAGAUCAUCGAUGAGCAUUGGGACAUUUUUACGAGUGAUAUAGAAGUUCAAGUUUUGAAAGACUAUUCUACGUUAGCGCGAAAAUUUACGAAAUACUAUUCGAUAAUGAUGUAUUUUUUGACAUCGGGAUUUGUAAUAAUACCGGUGUUUUUGGAUAUUGUGCUGCCUCUUAACAAGUCACGUCCGCGAUUUCUUGCGAUUGAAGUUGAAUUUAGAAUAAAUAAAGACGAGUACUUUCUACCAAUUUUCUGUUACACUACCGCUGUAAUUAUAGUGGGCAUGAAUAUUGUAGUGAGUGUUGACGCGAUGCAUAUCACGUGUACCUCUCAUGCAUGCAGUUUAUUUGCGGCUGUUAGUAAGCAAAUUGAGAGCUUAGUUGUGAAAACAGGUAAUAAGAAUGAAAUCAGAAAAUGUGAAUAUACAGGUAAUAAGAAUGAAAUCAGAAAAUGUGGAUACAUGAAUACAUUUGACACAUUAAGCGAGGAAACAGUAUAUCGAGAAUAUAUAACGUGUUUAAAGAAACAUCAGCUCGCUAUAAAGUUUGUUGGUAUAUUAGAAUCAUCGUAUCAAGAGCUUUCAUUAUUUACAUUAAUAUUAUUUAUUGGAAUUUUAAGUUUAACUGGAAUUCGAAUUGUUUAUGUGUUAGAUCAAUUGGGUGAAGUAGCAAGAUUCACGUUCAUAAUUGUCGGAGCAUUUUUCACUCUGCUGAUCGUGUGUUAUUCUGGUCAGAAAUUAAUGGAUGAAAGCCAGAAUGUAUUUUAUCAAGUAUAUACAACAAAAUGGUAUGACUUCUCGCCUAGAUUAAAAUCUCUACUGAUUAUAAUUCUUUACAGAAGCAAUAUACCGUGCGGAUUAAAGGCAGGUAAUCUAAUUUCAUUAUCGAUAGCGACUUAUGCGGCAGUAAUAAAGAUGGGUGUAUCUUACUUCACAGCGUUUUUAUCACUCAAAGAUUGACUAUCGAAAUUUCAGUUAAUUCACCAAUA